AUGGCUGAUCGUGAUGCCUCUGGCUCGCCGCCAAGUGACGACGCCCGUUCCACUGCCAGCCAUGGUGAGCUUGACCUUGCCAACUCGCCGCCAUCGGCCGAUCCUAGCGACGAUGAGCCAAUCGUUCCGGAAGACCCAAACCACAAAAAUAGACCUCAAUCCCCCACCGAAAGUGAGGCGCCUGCCAGUGUGGACCCACCGUUGCCCCGGGCCCCACUCACCGCCGAGGCGCAAGCCGAUGCCAGCGCUGAGGCCUCGGAAACCGAGUCUAUUCUCUCUUAUCACUCCUCCAAAAGCACGCCAGCCGACCCCGAGAAUACCUCGUUGCAACAGCCCCCAGCCGAUCCUGCCCCGGAAUCUGAACCCGAUUCCGAACCCGAAGCUGAAUCCCCCUCCACACCCCAACCCGAGCAGGCAACCGAACCGCAGUCUGACGCAGAGCCGGAACCCAGCCCGAUGGCCCCAGCCCCCGUCAGCACGAGCGCGCCACCCACCGAGCAGUCGGUGCUCUCAAACUCGGGUCGCUCAGCCGCCCGCCUCAGCCAGGACUUUUCUGCCAUGCUGGGCAGCGCUGAUUUUCGCCUCGGUGAGGCCGUCAAUGAGCCCCUUCGAUCUUCGGCCGCCAUUCAAGAGGACGAGGACGAAUCUGAUACGGAUGAAGAUCACAGCAACUCACCCCUUGCCGUUCCGGUCCCGGCCCCCUCGGAUUUGGACAAGUCGCGCGACAGCCAUGGCUCCCCGACCUUUGGCACCCCGCCAGACUCCCCUGCUGAGCCUCACACUGAACAAGACGGCCUCCCGCCCGCACCUCAGCGAAAGGCCUCGUCCGUUUCAGUCGUCAGCGUCGACUCGUACAUGAGCGUCGGCGAAGAAUCGGAGCGUGGCGUCUCUCGCCAGGCUUCUCUCAACACCAUGUACGGUAAGCCUCCCACCGCGUCCUCCCCGCAAGACUCGACUGCGCUCGGUGAUAUUGUCGAGGAAGAUGAACGCCGUCGCUCCACCGCCGCCGCCGCUUCGGCUUCAGCUGCCGCUGCUGCUGCUGCUGCCGCCGCCGCCGCCGCCCCGCGUCCGGCUCGAGAAAUGACACAGUCCCAAGCCACAUCAGAGCCCAACUCGGUUUUUGAAGAUUCGCCAGCAUCUACCAUCACAGCCAUCCAGCCACCCCCCGCAGGAAUGCAGCGUGCCGCCACCUCUGAAGGACUGCUCAACACUUCACCGCCCACCUCGCCCGGUGGUCGCCUCGCCACUGACAAGCGCCGCAGCGUGAGCUUUGCUGCCGUGCCCGAAGCCUCGACGCUGCCUACCUCCACCGUCAGCGCCCCAACGGACAUUCGCCCUCCCCGAAAAACAUCUGCUUGGAACCUCAUGCGGCGCCGUCACUCUUCCCUCUCCGAGGAAGACGAAGAUGAAAAUCGUCCUGCUGCCGGCCGUCGCAAAUCCAUCGUCGUGGCUGGCGAAACGGCGAAGAAAGUGCGCCACUCUGUGGCAAAGUUUUUCGGUAUUUCCGACGACACCGACAUGAUGCGCUGGGAGCAUUUUUACAACGGCGAGAGUGACGAGGACGAAGAUGAGGACGAUAUCGAGGAAAGCGAGGAGGAUGAGGAGGAGUCAUCUGGUGAAGAAGCUGAACCCGCUGAGAUUGACGGCCAGGGCCGUGGCUCGCUGGUCGUGGUCAACGUUGAUGAAACAGCAGAUGACACCGAAGAGGAUGGGCCUGCCGAGCCUCUACGCGGUACUCGACCCAAAAGCCUCGUAUCCUUGGAUGCGGGCGUCAGUGGCGAUUAUGAUGUGGAAGCCCCCAUUGACCAGGAUGCAUCUCAAUCUGAAGGAGCGGACAUGUCUGACGAAGACGACGACGACGACGACGAGGAUGAUGAUGAUGAUGACGAUGAUGAUGAUGAGGACGACAACGAGGAAGAGGAAGGCAUCGAUAUGACUGGCCUGACUUCCCUCACGACACUCGUGCGCAGCGCGUUCAAGAAUCAGGCUCAGUCCUUCCGGCGCCGGUUCUCACGUGUAUCUGAAUCAGACGGCCCGCCCACCUCACCAGACAGCACGACAAAGUCGCGCAAGGGCUCAACUUUUAGCUUUCGACGCCGUCAGCGCUCCUCUGAAAUCAGUCAGCCCUCGUCCGAAGCCGGCGGCAAGGCCAGCGCUGCCCUGCAACGUGAUGCCCCUCCGGCCUACACGCCUUCAGCACAACCCGCACCAGCGCCCCAGCAUUUGACUGCAUCGACCGCAAGUGCUGGCUCGGACCCCGGGCCUCGCGAUCGGCAGGCCAGCCAAGACUCGCAAUGGUUCGGCUUUGACUCCAAAACUGCCAUCAAACUCACUGAUUUGAGCGCCAAAAAGCGUCCAUCCACACCGCCUGCCACCAUCCCCGAACUUGUGGCCGCCUCCUCUGCCCCCCCUUCGAGUCGCUCCAAGGACGAUCCCUACGCCAAGCGUCCCCGGCAGCCCCGCGAAGGUCAGGGGCGUGACCGCGCAGCCACAACAGCCGUACCUGGAAGUAAGAGUCAAGAGAAGGACAGCAAGUCACGUCUCAUGGCUGCACAAGAGCACCAGCGCGCUCGUGCACAGACUCAAGACCCUGCUGCCCGUGUGCCCAAAAAGAAGCGCGAAGGAACGGGAGAGAAGGGGGCGGACGACAUUUCACCGGCCGUGGUCACCAAGCCACGCAAGCCGCGCCCCCCAAGCAAGUCACCGAAAACAUCAGCUGAUGCCGGUGCCCCGCCCAAGCGCCCACGUGGACGUGAGACGAUGAUUCGUGACCAGAUCAAGCGCAUCCGCGAACAUCGCCCCUUUUUUGUGUAUUACAUGACCGUGUGUCAAAUUAUUGUCAUGGUCUUGGCCAUUCUAGUACAUGGCGUCGCCCCGCUGGGCUUCAAGACGACCACGGAGACCGGCACUGUUGAUGGACCCGACGGAUCUACUCUUCAGGACACCCGCAUCGUAUAUUCCAACUUUUGGAUUGGACCUGAUCCUCGUGCUUUGGUGUUGAUGGGUGCAAAAUAUGCACCCUGCAUGCGAGUUGAUGAGCGCGUGAAGACAGAGGUGUUGGAGCCGCAAGCUGCUUCUGAAGCC